UUCUCUGCUUUUGUCUUUGAACAUAGUCAAUGCAUGAACUUUGCCCUCUUUUAAAUAACAAUCCUAGAACCUCUUCUCAUAUACUCACAGCCCCAACCAACGGUUCCUAGUUUUAUACCAUCCUUUCUCUCCAUCAUUCUAUUGGCCACCUCAAAUUUCCAACACAAUCAUGAACUUUCAAGCUUCUUCUUUCACUACCUUAAAGCUGUUCUGUUUUCUUUCUAUACUCUUCUCAACUCUGGCCUCAGGUGAUGAAAUUACAUGUGAAACAGUAGGAGCCACACAGAGUAAUAAUAACAGUGAAGCUUUCCAUUACAAAAUUGGGUCAAUUGCUUCUGUGCUAGUUGCUGGUGCUCUUGGUGUGAUUCUCCCAUUGUUGGGAAACAAAAUCCCACCUCUGAAUCCCAAAAAUGACAUCUUUUUCAUGGUGAAAGCGUUUGCAGCAGGGGUGAUUUUAGCAACUGGGUUCAUCCACAUACUACCAGAUGCAUUUGAAAGCUUGACAUCACCAUGCCUUAAGGACAAUCCAUGGGGGAAGUUUCCUUUCGCUGGUUUUGUUGCCAUGUUAUCCUCUAUUGGAACCUUGAUGGUGGAUUCUUUUGCAACUGGGUAUUACCAAAGGCAACAUUUUAAUCUUUCAAAGCCAGUUCCUGCAGAUGAAGAAUUGGGAGAUAAACAUGCUGGUCACAUGCAUGUUCAUACACAUGCCACACAUGGUCAUGCUCAUGGAUCCACUAACCCUUCUGGGGAUGCUGUAACAUCUGAAUUAAUUCGGCAACGCAUCAUAUCUCGAGUGCUUGAGCUAGGAAUAGUGGUCCAUUCAGUGAUUAUUGGCGUAUCUUUGGGUACUGCACAAAGCAUUGAUACCAUAAAGCCUCUUCUAGUGGCCUUGUCUUUCCAUCAAUUUUUUGAGGGGAUGGGACUUGGAGGCUGCAUAUCUCAGGCAAAGUUCGAAUCAAGGGCUACUGCAAUUAUGGCAACUUUUUUCUCCUUAACAACACCAAUUGGUAUAGCAAUUGGAAUGGGAGUUUCAAGUGUGUACAAAGAGAAUAGCCCAACUGCUUUAAUUGUUGAAGGGGUUUUCAACUCUUCUUCAGCUGGAAUUUUGAUUUACAUGGCAUUAGUGGACCUUCUAGCAGCAGAUUUUAUGAAUCCCAAGUUGCAGAACAAUUUGAAGCUUCAUGUAGGAGCAAAUAUCUCUCUUCUUCUAGGUGCAGCUUCUAUGUCUGUAUUGGCCAAAUGGGCCUAAAGUUUUAGAGUUUCAGAUUCUAUUUAGGAGCUUUUGCUUUA